AUGUCUUCUGGUUCGAAGAGGAAAAGAAGUGAGGAAUCUCCACUCACGAGAGAAGAUGGAACGAUACAACCAUCGAAUUCAGCACUUGUAAGUACUACUGAAGAGAUUUCAUUUCCAAGAGGUGGUGCUUCUGCGUUGAGUCCAUUAGAAUUGAAACAAGUGGCAAAUGAGGCGGCUAGUGACGUGCUUUUUGGUAACAAUAAAACCAGCACGGAAGUGUCUAGACCAAAGAAGAAGAAGAAAACAAGCAUUAAGGACAAGGAUGCCGCCGGUGAACUAAAUGAGGAUGCUGCUCUUGAAGAUGAGAAAUUAUCGGUAGUUCACCACAUUAGUUUUAGAAGUUUGAAAGUGGGCUCUUCUUUGAUUGGGCAAGUUUCAGAGAUCAACAAAAAUGAUAUUUGUGUGACUUUCUCUGAUGGUAUUUCCGGGUUUGUUAACCUAACCCAUAUUUCGGAACAAUUUACCCAUAUACUGGAAGAGCUUGAUGAGAACAUGGAUUCUGACGAGGAAAAAGAAUCUGAGUACGAAUCAGACAAUGAAAAGGCAGCUGAAGCCAAGGAAUUACCUGAUUUGAAAAACUACUUUAAGCUUGGUCAAUGGUUGAGGUGCAAUGUUCUUACCAACAAUGCUUUGACAACAAAAUCUAAGAAUAACAAAAAGAGAAGGAUUGAGUUGACGAUCGAACCUUCCUACGUUAAUACUUUUACGGAGGAAGAUCUUGUCAAGUCUGCACCGGUUCAAUGCUCUGUUAAAAGUGUCGAAGAUCACGGGGCAACCUUGGAUGUUGGUGUCGUAGGAAUCACUGGUUUCAUCUCUAAAAAGGAUAUUGGGUCAUCAUUAGGUCUACUCCCCGGUGCUGUGUUCUUGGGUAAUGUUUAUAAACAAACAGAAAGAGUGGUCAAUAUCAACCUUGAUUUCUCUUCUAAGAAGAACAAGAUCACUCAAAUUUCAAAUGUUGAUGCCUUAGUACCAGGGAUGUCAUUGGACCUACUUUGCAAAGCUAUAACUCCAAGUGGUAUCGUUGGUAAAUGUUUUGGCCUCGUCAACGGUUUUAUUAGCUCCGCUCACCUUGGUGUGUUCAAAGAAGACGACAUGAAGCAUAAGUUCGCCAUUGGUUCAAAUAUUCAAUGUAGGGUCUUAGCUACGCUUAUCAACAAUGAAAGUGAAAAAGUUGCUCUACUGUCCUUGAUACCAAAUAUUGAACGCCUAGAACCCACCUUAAAAUGCACUGAAGCUUUUGAGGCCUUUCCAAUUGGUUAUAACUUUGAAACAACUAAGGUAAAGGGUAGAGAUUCUGAGUACUUAUACCUGGCUGUUGAUGACGAUCGUGUAGGCCGGGUGCACAAAUCCAGAAUUGGAGAAUUAGACAGCACAGAUAACCUAAAAGCUAAGGUAAUGGGGUAUGACAUUGUCGACAACAUGUACGAAUUAGCUACCGACCCAAAGAUUUUAGCUCUGAAGUACGUGAGAAGCAAGGAUAUCAAGAUUGGUGAACUUCUUACAACGUGUAUUGUUAAUGCAGUAAGUGAGAAGGGUAUUGAACUGAAAAUAUUCAAUGGACAAUUUGUGGCAACCGUUUCUCCUUUACACAUAUCUGAUACCAGACUUGUGUAUCCUGAAAGAAAAUUCAAGAUAGGAGGUAAGGUUAAGGCUAGAAUUUUGAAUGUGGAUAACAGGGGCCGCAUCUACGCUACCAUGAAAAAAUCUCUGGUAAAUUUGGAGCAGGAUGAAACUCCCAUAAUUUCCUCUUAUGAGAUUGCCAAAACUGCCAAAGAGAAAAAUGAAAAGACGCUUGCUACUGUUGAGGUUUUCAGAAAGACUGGUUGCAUUGUGUCGUUUUUCGGUGGCGUAAGAGGGUUCUUACCUAACGCUGAAAUCUCAGAGGUUUUCGUCAAGAAGCCAGAACAACAUUUACGGUUGGGUCAAACUGUGGUUGUAAGACUAUUGAAAGUUGAUGCAGAAGACUCUAGAAUUUUAGCGACGUGUAAGGUCUCUAACGCUCAGGCGCAAGAACAAAAGGAAACCAUUGAGCAGCUUGUACCUGGUAGAUCCAUGAUUAAUGUAACUGUGGUAGAAAAAACUAAAGAUGCUUUGAUCAUUGAAAUGGAUAAGGUUGAAUUACGUGGUGUUCUUCAGGUAGGUCAUUUAUCGGAUUCUAGAAUCGAACAAAACAGAGCCGAUUUCAAGAAAAUUGCCAUUGGUACCCACCUGAGAGGUUUGGUCAUCGAUAAGGAAACUAGAACCCAAGUAUUCAAUAUGACUUUGAAGAAGUCUUUGAUUGAAGCCGCUGAAAAGGAGGAAUUGCCUACUUCCUAUAGCGAUAUAAAGGCAGUUUCAAAGGACACUCCUUUAUGUGGUUACGUCAAAUCCAUCUCUGACAAGGGUUUGUUCAUUGCAUUCAAUGGGAAAUUUGUAGGUUUAGUUCUUCCAAGUUACGCUGUUGAAAGUAGAGACGUUGACAUUUCAAAAACUUUCUUUAUCAACCAAUCGGUCUCUGCUUAUUUACUGAGAUCUGAUGACGAAAACGAAAGAUUCUUGCUAACUUUGAAAGCCCCAAAAAUUGAAAGUAAAAAGAAAGAACCUGCUUCUGAUGAGGUUACUAAUCCAAUUGACAACUCUAUUAAAAAGCUCAGUGAUUACACAAUUGGAAAAAUUGUCAAGGGAACUAUCAAAGCUGUCAAGAAGAACCAAUUGAAUAUCAUUCUCGCUGAUGAUUUGCAUGGUAGAAUUGAUGUUUCUGAAGUGUACGACAAUUAUUCAGAUAUCCUGAAUACAAAAGCACCUUUGAGCCAGUUCAAAAACGGCUCAAUAAUAGAAGCCAAAAUUGUCGGUAAUCAUGACAUCAAAAGUCAUAAAUUCCUACCAAUCACACAUCAGAUCAAAAAGGGUACAGUUCUCGAGCUAUCCAUUAAACCUUCUGUUUUGAGCAGCGAGGACAACAGGCCUCUUUCUCUCAAGGACAUUUCGAUUGGCGAUGAGCUUGUCGGAUUUGUGAAUAAUUAUUCUUUGAAUUUUCUGUGGCUGACAAUUUCUCCUAUUUUGAAAGCUAAGCUGUCGAUGUUUGAUUUGACUGAGGAUGGUUUAGAGCUUUCCAAGAAUAUUGAGGAUAAUUUCCCCUUGGGUUCUGCAAUCCCAGUUAAGGUGACUGCAAUUGAUUCUACUCAUGAAUUCGCUACUGUCACUGGUAGGUCACACGUCGUCAAAGACUUUGACAGCAUUGCUGUUAAUGACGUUAUCCCUGCUCGUAUUGGUAAGAUAUUCGAGAACUUUUUAUUGCUGGAUUUGGGUAACAGUAUAACAGGUUUAGUAUUUGCCACCGAUGCGCUAGAUUCUUUCUCGACUUCAUUGAACGAAGCCUAUGGUGAUAAGGUUAAUCGCAUCGUAUCUGCCAAGGUUGUUGCCAUUGACAAGAAAAACAAAAAGAUAAACUUGUCUUUGCGUUCGGAGGCAUCAAAAGUCCCUACUGUGACAUCAUAUUCUGAUUUGAAACAGGGCGAUAUUGUUCAUGGGCUGGUAAAAACCGUAAACGAUAAAGGUAUUUUCGUAUACCUAAGCAGAACUGUGGAAGCGUUCGUCCCUAUUAGUAAACUCUCAGAUGCUUAUCUAAAAGACUGGAAGAAGUUCUACAAACCAAUGCAACACGUAAUUGGUAAGGUGGUGAAAAGUGAAGAUGAUAAACAUAUUUUAAUAACACUGAGGGAAUCUGAAGUUAAUGGUGAUUUGAAGGUUUUGAAGAACUAUGACGACAUUAAAGUAGGCGAAGUGUUCAAAGGGUCUGUCAAAAACAUCACCGAUUUCGGGGUUUUCAUCAAACUGGACAACACUGCGAAUGUCACGGGUUUAGCACAUAUAUCUGAAAUUGCUGACAGCACACCAAAUGAUAUUUCUUCAUUAUUCGGCCCUGGGGAUAAAGUUAAGGCCAUUGUCUUGAAAACGAAUUCUGCGAAGAAGCAAUUGUCUUUGAGUCUGAAAGCCUCUCAUUUCACCAAAGAAGAAACCGACGAGGAGAAGGAUGAAGAUCAAAUUGCGACCGUCAACUUCGAUGAUGCUGAUUCUGAGGUAGAUGUUGACUCUGAUAUUGAAAAUGAGCCAGAGAAAAUGAAACUAACCUCCAUGUCUACUGACGGCUUAUCCCUAAGCUCUGGUUUUGACUGGACCACUUCCAUUCUCGACCAAGCCAGAGAAUCUGAGAGUGAAUCCGAAGAUGAAGAAGAUAACUUCAUGGAAAGUAAAAAACACAAGCACAAGAGAAGAGACAGAAUUGUUCAAGAUAAAACUAUUGACAUAAAUACCAGAGCUCCAGAAUCUGUUGGAGACUUCGAACGUUUGAUCAUGGGUAACCCUAACUCUUCUGUGGUUUGGAUGAAUUACAUUGCUUUCCAAUUGCAGUUGAGUGAGGUUGAGAAGGCACGUGAAAUUGCAGAACGUGCUUUGAAAACCAUCAACUUCAGAGAGGAGACCGAAAAGCUAAACAUUUGGAUUGCUAUGCUCAAUUUGGAAAACACUUUUGGUACGCCAGACACGUUGGAUGACAUAUUUAAGAGAGCAUGUCAAUACAUGGAUUCCUACACCAUGCACAACAAACUAUUGAGCAUCUACCAAAUGAGUGACAAGACUGAAGCUGCGGCAACUCUGUUCAAAGCCACUGCCAAGAAGUUCGGUAGCGAGAAAGUAUCUAUCUGGAUUGCCUGGAGCGAGUUUCUACUUGCUAACGGCGAGGAAGACGGAGCACGUAAUAUUCUAUCGAAUGCACUAAAGGCACUGCCUAAGCGUCAUCAUGUGGAAGUCGUAAGAAGAUUCGCACAGUUGGAAUUCUCUAAAGGUGAUAGCGAAAGGGGCCGCUCAUUGUUUGAGGGGUUGCUUGCUGAUGCACCAAAACGGAUUGAUAUAUGGAAUGUCUACAUCGAUCAGGAGAGCAAAGCCGGCGAUAAACAGAAGGUGGAUGCUUUGUAUGAACGUGUUUUCUCGAGAAAAAUCACCAAAAAGCAAGCCAAAUUUUUCUUCAAUAAGUGGCUACAAUUUGAAGAAACCGCUGGUGAUGAGAAAAUGAUUGACUAUGUUAAGGCAAAGGCAUCAGAAUACGUGGACUCUCAUUUUACCAAUAAGAAAGAAUAA